AUGUCAUACUUAACAUCUACCAGGCUUAGCCGCGCACAAUACGUCGUCGCCAUCGCAGGUGCGACUGGCACUCUCGGCAGAGAGGUUACUGCAGUUUUUCUGGGCAGCUAUCGCCCCUUCUUUUCCCGCGUGAUCGCGCUCGUUCGCGAUCCCUCUUCUAGCGGAGCACAAGCCCUGGCUGCAAAGGGCGCGGAGCUCCAUCAGUUAAGCGAGUCCGAUCCUCUCCCAUCUCUGGUGAAGGCUUUGGAAGGGGUAGACGUCGUUGUGAACGCACUACCGCCAGGCCCUGAGAAUGUGCAGGAUGCCUUAGUUAAGGCUAGUGUGGAGCGCGGCGUAAAGGUGUACUUCCCCAGCGAAUAUGGAGUUGACCAUCGCAAGGACUACUGGGGAUAUAAACAUCCCGCCUGGCUUGGAAAGAGGGAACACGAUCGGAGAGCACGAGCGCGUGGUCAAGGCAAGCUGAAGGUCAUCGAAGUUUACAUCGGUCUCUUCCUCGAACUAUGCCUUACUCCAUUCCUUGGAUUCGACCACGCAAAUAACCUGUACACGUUCUAUGGCUCGCCCAACCAGCGAGUCUCCUGGACGUCGAAGGGAGACAUCGGACGUGCUCUUGCAGAACUUUCACUCGUCGCUCUUUCGCCCGAGUUAUCCACCCGAGUUCCUGACUAUGUCCGCCUCUCCGGGGAAACGAUCAACAUCACAGACAUCCGCGAAAGCGUGCAACGUGUCCGCAAGGAGCUCGGACACGACCGGGGUGAAAUUGUGUUGAAGAGCGAGGACCUGGAGAAUUUCAAGAAGAGCACACAAGAAGCGUUCCCGCACGACCCGAAGGCUUCACUGGCUCCCUAUCUUCGUCUUGCCAUGGCAGAAGGCGAACUUGACUUGUCAGUGGACAACAACAACGACCUUGUCAACCCAGACCAGAGUGUCUGGAAGUGGAAGACUGUGGAGGACUUCGCCCGCGAGAACAAUGCGUGGUCUUAA